CGGAAAUCCGCACACAACACUCUUCUGUUUACAUUGGACACGCCUUGCCGCGACAACAACCCGGCAGUUCCUCCCCUCCCCCCCUUUUUCGGCACUCACCACGCAAUCUGGCCGAUUGCCCCGCGCUCUUUCGUCUCCCAGAUCGCACCUGUUGCUUCCCCUUCCAGAUUGUUUACGCUGAGUCGCCGAGGCUAGCCCCUGGCGCUUUUUCUUUGUCUCGUUCGUUGGCGACGAAAAAUCUCUGUCCGAUUUUCUUUCUGCAUGCGCCCGGCUCUUUUGUUGUUGCCCGCCUGCCGGCCAUUGAUCCAAACUCCUGAAUUCGGGCGCCGUUUGUUAUUGUGGAACAUUGUUCCCACGCCGCCGUCGCCAUGGAUUCCGACGUCGACUCGGUUUUUGAUGACUUCCAGGACGAGUCUGACGCCUACUCGCCAGAAGUGAAACCGAAAGCUAAGGCAGCAUCAAAAAUGAUGCUGUCUGCAAAAUCCGCCAAGAUGGUCCAGACGAAGCUCACGGGCGCUAGCAAGGCCGCGCCGAAAAAGAGGCCCAAGCCAGAGAGUGACGCAGAUGACGGCAUGCUCUCCAACACACCGCCCAAGAAGAAGACGAAGGUGGCACCUGCAGUGAAGAAGUCCAGCGGCAAGCCUCUGCACGAGAUCCCCAACGACAGCAUGGCCAUGGACGAGGACGACGACGCGCCAGUCGCCAAGCCCAAAUCCAACAAGACGGCCACAGAGACGUACCAGAAGCUCACCCAGCUCGAGCACAUCAUCAAGCGUCCAGAUACCUACAUUGGCUCCGUCGAGCGCAUGGAUCAGAAGAUGUGGGUCUACAACAAGGCCGAGAAGCUCAUGGAGAACCGCACCAUCUCCUUUGUCCCCGGCCUGUACAAGAUAUUCGACGAGAUCCUCGUCAACGCCGCAGACAAUAGCCAGAGAGACUCGUCCAUGACGUAUCUCAAGGUCACCGUCGACCGUGAGUCUGGCGAGAUCUCGGUCGAGAACAACGGCAAGGGCAUCCCCAUCGAGAUGCACGAGAAGGAGAAAUGCUACAUUCCCGAGCUUAUCUUUGGCCACCUCUUGACGGGUUCCAACUACGACGACAACGAGAAGAAGACGGUCGGUGGUCGUAACGGCUACGGUGCGAAGCUCACCAACAUCUUCAGUCGGCGCUUCACCAUCGAGCUGCAAGAUUCCAACAACGGCAAGCGAUACAAGCAGACCUGGACCGACAACAUGGGCAACAUGGAGAAGGCCAAGAUCACGUCCAACAAGUCCUCCGAUUUCGUCAAGGUUUCCUUCUUACCCGACUACAAGCGGUUCGGCAUGGAGAACGGGAUGGAUGACGACCUGGAGGCUCUGAUCUACCGCCGCGUUUACGACAUGGCCGGCACUGUGUCCGGUGUCAAGGUCUGGCUGAACGGCGAGCACCUCAAGGUCAACUUCAAGACGUACUGCGAGAUGUAUGCAAAGGCAAUUGCCAACGAACGGGGCGACGCCGCUGUUGAUGGCGAAAAGCCCGUCGCGAAGGUCGAGUUCGACCAGCAGAGGCACAACGGCCGUCUAUGGCAGAUCGGCUUCACGGUGUCGGACGGCUCGUUCCAGCAUGUUUCGUUCGUCAACAACAUCGCCACGACGUCCGGCGGCACCCACGUAAACUACAUUGCCGACCAGAUUUGCGAGGCGCUCGGCAAGGAGCUGAACAAGAAGAAGAAGGGCCACUCACUGAAGCCGUCGCACUUCCGCAACCACAUCUUCAUCUUCAUCAACUGCCUGAUCGACAAUCCGGCGUUCAACUCGCAGACGAAAGAGCAGCUCACCACCAAGGUGAGCGCCUUCGGCAGCAAGUGCGUCCUCAGCGACCAGUUCCUCAAGAAGGUGAAGGCUUCGGAGGCCAUCGCGAACAUCAUGGAGUUUGCCGACAGGAAGGCCGACAAGAUGAUGGCCAAGAGCGACGGCAACAAGCGCUCCCGCAUCAGCAACGACAAGCUGAUUGAUGCCAACUGGGCCGGCACCAAGCGCGGCCAUGAGUGCACCCUCAUCUUGACCGAAGGUGAUUCAGCCAGAGGUCUGGCUGUUGCCGGUCGUGCCGUCUUGGACCCGGAUCGUAUUGGUGUCUUCCCGCUCCGUGGUAAGAUGCUCAAUGUCCGCGAUGCCUCGAUCGAUCAGAUCAUGAAGAACAAGGAAAUCGAGAACAUCAAGAAGUUCCUCGGUCUCAAGCAUAAACAGGACUACAAGGACACCAAGGGCCUUCGCUACGGCCACCUGAUGAUCAUGGCCGAUCAGGAUCUUGACGGGAGCCACAUCAAGGGCUUGCUCAUCAACUUCCUCGAAGUGCAGUUCCCCUCGCUGCUGCGCAUCGAAGACUUCUUCCAGGAGUUCAUCACGCCGGUCGUCAAGGUCUGGCAGGGCAACAACCCGAAGAAGCCCCAGAACCUCAAGAUGUUCUUCAACCUGCCUCAGUAUGAGGAGUGGAAAGAACGGCACAAGAAUGAACUGCGGAGAUGGAAAUACAAGUACCUGAAGGGUCUGGGUAGUUCCUCCAACGAGGACGCCCAGAUCUACUUCAAGGACCUGGACCGGCAUCUGAAGAAGUUUGACAUCCUGAAGCCUGAGGAGCAUCAGCUGUUCGAACUAGCCUUCUCCAAGAAGAAGGCGGACGCUCGUAAGGAGUGGCUGGGCAACUUCAUUCCCGGAACCUAUCUCGACCAGACUGCGGCCAGGAAGACAUACACCGACUUCGUCCACAAGGAGCUCAUCUUGUUUAGCAUGGCGGAUAACAUGCGGUCCAUCCCGUCCAUGAUUGACGGCUUUAAGCCGGGUCAGCGGAAGGUCAUCUACGGUGCCUUCAAGCGCAACCUGGUCAACGAUCAGAAGGUUGCUGAAUUUGCCGGUUAUGUCUCCGAAGUCGCGGCGUACCACCACGGUGAACAAUCCCUGCAGCAGACGAUCGUCGGUCUGGCCCAGACUUACGUCGGCUCCAACAACGUCAACUGCCUCGAACCUAGCGGUAACUUCGGUUCGCGUCUCUCGGGAGGCUCGGACGCUGCCAGCGCCCGUUACAUCCACACGCGGCUGUCGCCCUUUGCCCGGCGCGUCUUUUCCAAGCUUGACGAGCCCAAUCUCGAGUACCAGUUCGAUGACGGCAACAUGAUCGAGCCCAAGGUCUACGUCCCGGUCAUCCCCAUGGUCCUGGUCAAUGGUGCUGACGGUAUCGGCACGGGCUGGAGCACUUCUAUCCCGAAUUAUCACCCGAUCGAAAUCGUCGAGAACCUGAAGCGGCGUAUGGGCAGGCUCGAUCCAGCAGACCCAGAGGAGAAGCCCUUCAAGCCCAUGACCCCCUGGUUCCGGGGCUGGAAGGGUGUCGUCGAGCCGGAGGGUAAUCAGAGGUUCAAGUUCAACGGCAUCAUCAAGCAGGACGAGCAGAACCCGAACGAGAUCCACGUCACUGAGCUGCCCAUCCGGAUGUGGACCGACGACUUCAAGUCCAAGCUCGAGGACAUCAUCCGCGCGGAGAAGACCCCGUCGUUCAUCAAAGACUACAGGGAGUUCAACGACCAUCAGACCGUCCAUUUCAUCAUCGAGAUGGAGGACAAGCACCUGAAGGCGGCACUGGACGAGGGCUUGCUGGAGAAGUUCAAGCUCACCAAGACCAUCGCUACCACCAACCUGGUCGCCUUCAAUACACGUGGCCAGAUCCAGAAGUACGAGAGCCCCGAGGAGAUCAUGGAGGAGUACUACCACUACCGUCUGAAGAUGUACACUGAGCGGAAGAACUAUUGGCUGGAGGUCUACCACGCCGACUAUCGGAAGCUCCAGAACCAGUUCCGCUUCAUCUCCGAGAUCAUCGAGAACAAGCUCGUGGUCAGUAAGAAGAAGAAGGCUGUGCUCGUCCAGGAACUCCGCGACCGCAAGUACGAGGCCUUCCCCCCCAAGGACAACAAGAAGGUCAAGUCUACCGACGAAGAGCUUGGCAAGGACGAUGUCGAGGAGGAGGAAGCCGACGCCGGCGCUCGCGACUACGAUUAUCUUCUCUCGAUGCCCAUCUGGUCGCUUACGAACGAGCGUCUAGAGAAGCUCAAGAACCAGAUUGCCGCCAAAAAGGCCGAGUACGAUGAGCUCGAGGCGUUGAACGAGAAGGACCUGUGGGUCAAGGACCUUGACGAUUUCGUUGAGGAGUGGCAUACCCAGUUGAAGCAGGAGGAGGAAAUCAUGGCCGGCAUCCGCAGGAUGGGCCGCCGCACGUCGCAGAAGAUCGGCGCUGGCAGGGGCCGUCGCCCGCGUGACGAUGACGACUACCAGCCUGAGAAGAAGACCAAGGCCAAGGCUCCGAAGGUUGAGAAGGUCGAGACCAAGACCCAUCAGAGGUUCACCGAGAAGUUCCAGGCAGCUGCCACCGCCAAGCCCGCAAAGAAUGAUCUUUCGGAUGAUGACUUUGCGCUCCUGGGCAAAAAGGCGGUGGUGAAGAAGGAGGCGUCGGAGCCCCCUGCUUCCUCCAUGGAUGUCACUGUGGGGCGUAGCAAGCGGGCGGCCGCCACGAAGUCCAAAUAUGUCUUGAGCGAUGACUCGGACGGGGACUUUAUGGAUAUCGACAAACCCACCGUUAAGGAUGAGCCUGAACCCGAGCUCGAGCCUGUGUCCGAGUCUGAAUCUGACGAGGUCGUUGAGAAGCCGGCUAGGCGCGGACCAGCAAAGUCGAAGCCGACGUACCUGGACGACGAGUUCGGCUCUGAGAGUGAGGAGGAAGUCGUUGAGAAGCCUGCAAGGCGUGCCGCAAAGGCUAAGCCCUCGUACGCGGAUGAGGACGAUGACUGCGGCUCCCAGAGUGAGGAGGUCGCAGAGAAGCCAGCGAGGCGUACAGCCAAGGCUAAGAAGGCGUCAUAUGUGGACAGCGAGUUCGGCUCCGACAGCGACGAGGACGAUGACAAGAUGCUCGGCGACGUUGGCGCCCUGGUCAAGGGCAUAGGGGCCCCAGCCGCCUCGAGCAGCAACGGGCAGCGGCUUAGUCUGUUUGCCAUGUCCCGGCCUGAAGCAGGCGACGUAUCCGUCCACAAGAUGAAAUCUAAGCCGUCCAAGCCCAGCCCCGACGUCGACGACCACGACGACACCAACUACGAGGCCCUCGCCAUGUCGUCCCCGCGCAAGACCUCCACCACAAAGGCAAACGACCUGGAUGACUUCCUGUCGGACGAUGACCUGCCCGCCGUAACCAAGCCCGCCGCCAAGCCCACGGCUGCCUCCAAAGCCAAGGCGCCUCUGAGCGUGGUUCCCGCGGCGACCAAGAAGCGCGGCCGCCCGGCCGGAUCCAAGAACAAGCCCAGGGCGGACGACGCUGCUCCGGCCGCCAAGGCCAAGAAGGCUACGGCUACGGCGACAGCGUCCAAGCCCAAGACCGUGCACCUCUCGCCCGCCGCCAAAGCGUACGCCGCCAAGAAGGCCAAGGCAAGGAAGGUCCUCAGCGACGACGAUGAAGACGACCUCCGGGGGGAGCCGCCUAGCCCGGUCGUGCCGGCGGCUAAGCCCAAAGCUAGGCCGGGGCGUGCGGCUGCUGCCAAGGCGAAGCCCAUCAUCAUUGACGAUGACGAGGAUUCGGACUCGUUUGUCAGCGCUGACUCUGGUGGUGGUGGUGGGCAUGGUGGUGGACGCAAGGGUGGCAGGAAGGAUGAUAGUGACGCAUUUGAUAUGGAUGAGGAUAGCGAGUAGACCACUGGAACUAGGGGCGAUGCAUUACUUUACUCAGCUAUCGUGAUGAACUAUGACACUCCAUUUUUUUUUCCCUUCCUGGGGUGAUUGGUGGUCGGUUGUUAAGACAGGACAGGACAGGACAGGAGUUAAGGUCUGGUCUGGGGGGACGGGGGCGACUUUGGUAGUGGGCGGGCCGGUUGGUUGGUUGCUGGUGGGUUUCUUUUUUUCCUUUUUUUGUCAACUGAACUUUAGUUACAACAUUAUGAGAGAGAUGAUCUUUGUUCUUGUUGUGGUGUAUAUUCAUCUUCUUCCUUUUCGGUCCCUUGCAAAGCUUAGCUCCCAAGCUUGAGGACGGUCGCUCAUAUAGGAAUAUAUCAUACAUACUCUUUGA